AUGCCUCCCGGCCUGUCGUGCUCCUGGCCGACCCCAUCAUCCCGGAGUUUGAGCUGGACCUCUCAGCUCGCUACUGUCUCCUUCCUCUCGGCGCGGGCGCUCCUUACAGUCGAGCUCCCGGCGGUGACCGCGGAGCUCAUGGGCGCGCUCUCAAAGCUGGAGCUCGUACUCGCCUCGUCCGUCGGCGUUGACCACGUCGAUCUUGCCGCCUGCCGCCGCCGCGGGAUUGCCGUCACCAACGCUGGGGGCGCGUUCUCUGACGACGCGGCCGACUACGCCGUCGGGCUUGUCAUAGCCGCUCUCUGCCGAGUCGCCGCUGCAGACGCGUACGUCCGGCGCGGCAGCUGGCCGGACGGCGGGGACUAUCCCCUCGCCUCCAAGGUGAGUGGCAAGCGGGUGGGGGUCGUGGGGCUGGGCAACAUCGGCUCCCGCAUCGCGCGGCGGCUCGCCGCCUUCGGCUGCGCCGUGUCCUACAACUCGAGGUCGCCCAAGCCGUCGGCGGCGUACGAGUUCGUCCCCACCGUGCGCGACCUCGCCGCAGCCAGCGACGUGCUGGUGCUCUCCUGCGCGCUGACGGAGGAGACGAGGCACGUGGUGAACCGGGAGGUGAUGGAGGCGCUGGGGAAGGACGGCGUGCUGGUGAACGUCGGCCGCGGCGGCCUCGUGGACGAGCCGGAGCUGGUCAGGUGCCUGCAGGAGGGCGUCAUCGGCGGGGCCGGCCUGGACGUGUUCGAGAGCGAGCCGGACGUGCCGCCGGAGCUCUUCUCCAUGGACAACGUCGUGCUGUCGGCGCACAGGGCCGUGGCCACGCCGGAGUCCAUCCGCGGCACGAUCGAGCUCGUCGCCGGCAACCUCGAUGCCUUCUUCGCAGGGAAGCCACUGCUCAGCCCCGUGGAGCUCUGA